AUGGCAAAUCCCAUUGUGUUAUUGAGUUUGCUAGCUAUUAUUUGUACAUUUGCCACUGCCUUUGAGCCUAGUCCUUUGCAAGAUUUCUGCGUUGCGGAUUUUAAUAGUUCAGUAGGAGUAAAUGGUCAUGUUUGCCUGGACCCUAAGCAUGUGCAAGCUGAUCAUUUCUCCUAUAGUGGGCUUCAUAUUGCUGGCAACACUUCAAACCCCCUUGGAUCAAACAUAAAUAGACUCACCGUGGAUCAGAUACCUGGACUAAACACUCUUGGCAUCUCAACGGUGCGUGUUGAUUUUGCACCAGGGGGUGUUGUCCCAAUCCAUAGACACCCUCGAGCAACUGAGAUAGUCACAGUGUUACAAGGCAGGCUCCGUGUUGGUUUCGUGACUUCCGACCCUGAAAACCAGGUCUUCACUAAGAUCCUUCAAAAAGGAGAUGUGUUUGUCUUCCCUAUGGGGCUUGUGCACUUUCAACAAAAUGUGAACAGCGGAAAUACUGUUGUGAUCGCGUUUCUGAGCAGCCAGAACCCCGGUGUCACUGCCAUUGCUAAUGCUGUAUUUGGAUCAAACCCACCCAUUGCUGAUGAUAUACUGGCCAAGGCCUUCCAGGUCGACAAGAGUAUAAUCGAGGAGUUUCAAUCACAGUUCAACUAG